AUGUUGAGCUUUGAUCCCGCCUAUCUUGGCAUUGGAUUUGCAACACUCACCGCCGCAAUCUUGACUUGGACGGUGAUCUACUAUUGCGUGUUCCACCCACUGGCCAAAGUUCCUGGGCCUUGGACUGGAGCGGUCUUUCCUGUGAGAUUUGUUUCUGGUCGAUGGGCUCAUUUUUCCGCCGGAAAUGGAAUUCAGACCUACAAGGACUACAUACGCGUUAUGGUUGGCGGGAACUCUCGUAUAGGUCCUGAUGCCUAUUUUCCCAAAGACGGCACGAUGCACCUGCUGUUCUCCAUGAUAACCAAAGCGGCCAAUCUCGGUACAAUUGCGGAUUAUUCCGAGCACAAGAGAUUAAGGAAGCACCUCCACCCUGCCUUCACUUUGAAUGCUGUCUUUAAGCAGGAAGGCCUGAUGCGCCUUCAUAUGGACCAGGCUUUAGAGAAGAUCGCCAAGGUGAACGGGCCCGUGGAUUUGACUGAAUUUUCUGGUAUGCUCGCUUGGGACUUGAUAGGUGAUUUAUCAUUUGGAGAGCUUCUAGUUCCCGAAAAGCGUGGAAGACUAUCCUCCCUGGUAGAGUUGUGGGAAAGAACCUUUCCCUUCCUGGAAGGCCUGAAUCAUAUUAUUCCUAAUGUCGAGGAAGUUAUGAAGCUGGCUUGUCGUCUAAUGCCCCCGGUUACACUUCGAAGUGUCUUGCCUAGUACAGCAAUGAGAAAAUAUAUUGAUCGACAAGAUGGCCGAUCUGACUUUCUUACUUUGAUCAUGGGCGAGAAUGGGUCUGGCAAGUCAGACCUACAGUUGAGCUACGAUGAGCUACAUAGCAACGCCACUCUUUUGGUAGUUGCUGGGUACAAAACAACCGAGACAUCCCUUUCCGCUAUCUUUUACCAUCUUCUAGCAAACCCAGAGACUUUGCAAGAGCUUCGAAGGGAACUUCACAGUCAUUUCAAAAACAUAGAGGAGAUUACAGUUGCCAAGUUAAUAUCACUGGACUAUCUCAAUGGCUGUGUAAACGAGUCGCUUCGUCUUGCGCCCCCAUUUGCUGGAAAGGUUGCGUGUCGCCGAUGUCCUGGUGUGGAAAUGGAAGGGUUCUAUGUCCCGGCUGGAACGGAGGUUUAUACAGACCUAUACUCAAUGCAGAGGAAUGUCAAGUAUUGGCAUGCCGCUAAUGAGUACCGCCCGGAGAGGUGGUUCCAGCGAGAUGAGGGGGGUCUCUACGCGAAUGAUGCGCAUGAAGCAUUCAAACCGUUCGGCUUGGGACCACGGAUGUGCAUUGGGAAGGAACUGGCUCUGCAGACUCUGAGACUCACAACUGCCUUAGUGGUUUACCGCUUUGAUCUUGCGAUGACAAAUCAGGAUGAGUUUGUGUGGGAUCGUGACGCUGCAUCUGGGCUAGGAUAUGCUAAUUACCGUGUAAUAGCCCAUGUUAAUUAG